AUGUCCGUCUCCACGACCGAGCACGACCGCAAGUACGAGCCGGUGACGGACGCGAAGACGCUCGGUCAGGGAAACUUCGGGACCGCGAAGCUGAUGCGAUCGAGGCUCACCGGGCAGCUCCUCGCGAUCAAAUACAUCGAGCGCGGGGACAAGAUCGACGACAACGUCAAGCGCGAGCUCGUGAACCACCGGAUGCUCGAUCACCCGAACGUGAUUCGCUUCGUCGAGGUGCUCCUGACGCCGACGCACCUCGCGAUCGUGAUGGAGUACGCCGCGGGCGGGGAGUUAUUCGAGCGGAUCUGCGGGAAAGGUCGCUUCGGCGAGGACGAAGCGCGGUUCUUCUUCCAGCAGCUCGUCAGCGGGUUAGAGUAUUGCCACACCCACGGCGUCGCGCACAGGGACUUGAAGCUGGAGAACACGCUCCUCGACGGAAGCGCGACGCCGAGACUUAAGAUCUGCGAUUUCGGCUACAGCAAGCACUCGCUCAUCGACAGCGAGCCAAAGUCAACGGUCGGGACGCCGGCGUACAUCGCCCCGGAGGUGUUAUCCAGGAAAGCGUACGACGGGAAAGCCGCGGACGUGUGGUCGUGCGGCGUGACGCUGUUCGUCAUGGUCGUCGGCGCGUACCCAUUUGAGGAUCCGUCCGACGCGAGGAAUUUCAGAAAGACGAUUCAACGGAUCCUGUCCGUGAACUACGCGUUCCCGGCGGCGAUACCGCUGUCGAACGAGUGCAAGGAUCUCAUCGCGCGGAUAUUCGUCGUGGACACGUCGCAACGGCUGAACAUCGCGGGGAUCAAGUCGCACGCGUGGUUCCUCAAGAACCUCCCCGCGGAGCUCAGGCGCGUUCUACACACUGGUCCCCAUACGACGGCGCACGCGGUUGAAAACGACGGCCCGCCGCCGAGCGAGAUGCAGCCGUUGGAGGAGCUCAUGAAGGUGGUCGACGAGGCGAAGAAUAGACCGGGGGACGGGAUGUUAGGUAGAGGGGGGGGGCUCGGCGCGGGGUUAGGCGGGGAUUACUACCCGGAGGAGGACGAGGACAUGGUCGACGGGGACGGCGACGGGUUCUCGGGAGACUACGGACAGUACGACUGACGGACCCAGACCGAGAUGGAGUCAGGCGCGUUCUAUACACUGGUCCCCAUACGACCGCGUUCGCGUGGUGAACGCCGAUCCUUAAGGACUUUGGGGUGGGGGGCGGGACGACGCGCGACGCGAGGAGCGACGCGCGCGCGGGUCGAGACAGGAGGGAGCGAGGAGGAGAGGAGGAGACGCGCGUUCGUCGGUCCCGGUAUCUUAAAAUAGCUCGAGAGGUCGACGCGAACGGCGCCAGCCCGCUUCGAAGGGAAAUAAAUUGCUGUAGACUGUCUGUC